UGCAACUAUUUUUUAUGUUGUAAUGCCUUGAAUCUACGGGCUUUUAGCCUGUUUUCUUUAUUUUUCUCAGAUAUUAUGUUGAUUGUCCAUUUAGUUCGCCAUACAAUAAUAUCAGGAAAAAUGAUAGUGCUUGGAAACAACUUAAUUAUUCAAUAUGAUCAUUUCAAUACAGGGACUUUAUGCUUGAGUACCAACUGAAAGAAAAUACACACUAUAAUAUUCAUACAGGCGUGCUCGCAUAUGGAAAAGGAUUUCCCUUAUUGCAGAUUUUUCUCUGAAUUUUCUAAAUCAAUGCAUUUUGGUCAUUGGAACUAUUAUGUGGAUUAUUGAGGUGAUUUUCUCAUAGAACUUUAUGUUUACUGCAUGGCUGAUUUUAAUACAGUUGUUGGGCCCCCUAUCCUAAGUGCUGCUGUAGAUAAAAGAUAGAACCUUCCCCUUUUUAACAAGCUUUUGAAGAUGGAGAAAACUACAAGGAAGUCAUCUUUAUGAAAAUCAGCCAAGCAGGGAAAUCCUGUACUAAGAUCCUAUCUAUGAAUGCUCCAUUGCAGUAAUUGUCAGAAUAGUAGUAGGCUUCAAAUUUCAUACCAUAUGCACUUUUUUGAAGUGCAAAAUCAAUGACAUGUGCAUUAUGAUCUGGCUGUUAUUCUGCACCAAGAAAUGACAAGUCAAAGUAAAAAUUAAAAUAGCUCUCUCUCUCUCUCUCCAACCCCCCCCCCCUUCUAUCUUAUAGGAGCUACAGAAGUUCCACCCAUUUUGUAUGUUUAUUUGGGAAAAUUAGCUGUAGUACCGAGUGGGUAUAACUUGGCUCUUUUUGAAGGAUGGUGAUUAAAUUGAUACUGAUAUACUGCUAUCUAGCAAAAAUGACUUAUGGUUCUAUUAUGAUGGUAUGGCCUUUAUGGUAAGUGUUGACAAGACUUUUACUUAUUAAUUAGUAAUAAUAUGUGACCCACUGUUACUUGCAGCUAAUUUUCCACAUCAUUUAAAGGGCAUUUAAAUGUCAGAUUCGCUACUUGAAUUCUUGAGAUAUGGUGGUAGUUUCUAUGCUUAUGAUUCAUUUAUAUGGGUACUUGUAAAUAGUUUCAUCCCUAGAUCUAGAUAUUGCUCUUCUUGGCUAUAGAGUUCUCUAUCAUUCUCAUAUUAUUUCUUCCUUUCCCUCCAGUUUCAUGGCUUCUCUUCUGUUCAAGAAAAUACGGGUCAUCCGUAUGCUGUUAACAUUGUCCAUCCCAGUGAUUAGUGUGUCAAGGGUGCAAGCAGAGCCUCAAGUUCCCUGUUUGUUCAUCUUCGGGGAUUCGCUGCUUGACAAUGGCAACAACAAUGCCAUUUCUUCCUUAGCUAAUACAAACUACCAGCCCUAUGGAAUCGAUUUUCCUGAUGGGCCAACUGGAAGGUUUUGCAAUGGACGAACUGCUGGCGACAUCAUCGCUCAACUCUUGGGCUUUAUUGAUUUCAUUCCACCUUAUGCAACUGCAAGUGGUAAAGAUCUACUCAGAGGAGCCAAUUAUGCAUCUGGUGCUGCUGGAAUAAGGAUUGAGACUGGGAGGCAAUAUGGUGCUCGCAUUAGCAUGAAUGGACAGUUGCAGAAUCAUCGAUCUGUCAUCUCUCAAGUGGUAAACAUACUUGGAACUAGUGAUGCAGCAACCAACCAUCUACAAAAUUGCAUCUACAUGGUGGGAAUGGGUAGCAAUGACUACCUUAACAACUACUUCAUGCCUUUGAUCUAUGGUACAAGUUGGCGAUACACGCCAGACCAAUAUGCCAACGUUCUCAUUGAACAAUAUUCUCAGCAACUCAGGACUUUGUAUGAUUAUGGAGCAAGGAAGGUGGCUCUGAUAGGAAUUGGUCCUAUAGGUUGCACGCCAUUUGAAAUUACUCGUAGUAGUAUCAAUGACUUGUCAUGUGAUGAGAGAAUCAACAGUGCAAACCAGCUUUUCAAUGACAGGCUUAAAAAUCUAGUGGAUGAGCUCAACAAUGAUCUGCAGGAUGCAAAGUUUUCGUUUGUGAAUGCAUAUGGGAUUUUCAGUGAUAUUUUUCAGAAUGCUACAUCUUAUGGAUUUAGGUUCUCAACCACUGCAUGCUGUGGGUUGGGGCGCAACAAUGGGAUAAUUACAUGUCUUCCUCAUCAAAUUCCAUGUGCAAACAGGAGUGAGUAUUUGUACUGGGAUGCUUUUCAUCCGACCGAAGCUGCAAAUUUGAUCAUAGCAAGGAGGACUUACAACGCUCAAUCUCCCUUGGAUGUUUACCCAAUUGACAUCCACAGUAUGGCCUUGCUGUGAACUAUAAAGGUUGAGAUAUUGAUUGUCUAUAUAUGGAUUGUUCUUGUGGGAAUAACAAGAAGCUCUCUAUAGAGAUCCAACUAUGAAUCUGCUUGAUUAAGUGUUGUGUAGGUUGUUGAAGAAUCUUUUUUUCUCACCAAUUUGACCCUCAACCGUUAUUGCCUCAUCUAAUUAAUUGGAUUUCAUAGGUUUGGCAUGAACAAGAUUAUAUUCGGUCAGCCUAUUAUCGAUUUGUAAUUGAGCUAAUUGGUCUAUAUUCCA